AUGGCUUCAGAUUCAGUGGCACCGGCACCACCUGAACCGGAGACUGGCCCGACUCAAUCAGAAGAUCCAGUUGAGCCUGCAACCGAACAAGUAUGGUCGGAGCUAUGUGAAUUAUAUCUUCAGGAUGGUGAUCGUCAGCAUGAUGAUCGUAUCACUCAAAUGGAUAGCUUUAUGAGACCUAAAUGCAACAGAUGUAUUGUAUUCCGUGACAAUUGUGUACAUUACUUGAAUGUUCUGACGGAUCUUGCUCCACGCAUCCCUUCUUUGGAAGCACUAAUACCGGAGAAUGCACUACUUAAGAAGCAGAAUGCAGAUUUGACAACUCAGCUUGAAGAAAGCAUACAAGGUGAGCAGACUCUUAGAGCUCGAGUGACAGCUGCCGAGGAGGAAACAUUGAAGGUGAAAGAAACCUUGGAGUCACUGGAGAAAAACCACGCUGCAGUGGUGAGAGCUGCAGAAGAGGGAAAGAGACAUGCGCAUGAAGCGAGCGUUUGGCGUGUUAAGUACGAAAAGACGCUGGUUGUUUGUGAAAGAAUACAAGAGAAGCGGAAAAAGCAAACAAUCAAUUUCGAUAAAAUGCUCGACUUAGCAGAAGGUUAUAAAAGAGAAUUGGAAUUAACAAAAGUUAAAGCUUGCCAGGAGAGGGAGCAGCACGCUGGUCUGCACGAAGCUGUUAAGAAAUACACUCCGCGUCUUUAUACUUUGUUGAAAGAUAUAAUGGCACAUCCUUCAUUCAAGACCAUAUAUUCUGCAAAUAUUCAAGAGGAAGCCGAAACGUUGUGCUCAGCAGAUGUGAGGAAAGCUUUCAAUCUUUCCCACAGUUCCGAGGAUGAAGACGAUGGGAUGAGCGCGGAACUAGAGAGGCUUGUUAAUGCAAAUUCAUCGCCAGAACACCCUAAACUUUUGUCAGAGCUUCCUCUCAAGAGUGAACUGAACACAACAAGAGAGGUUAUUCAUUCUCCUGCUGCAAAAUCUGCUAGUGUUGCCGUUGAAUCUGUUUUGUCCAUGGAGUUAAAUGAUGACGAAGCAGAUGAUCUUCUAUCUGCUGGAGCUGAAGCUUUAACAAUGUUACCUGCUAAUGUUGCGACUAGAGGAACCCGAGGAAAAGCAAGAGGACGCGGUUCUAGAAGAGGACGUGAUUCAAGGCACGUUCAUACUCCAACAACUUUUGCUACUACCAUUAAUCAUGAAGAAGUCACUAGACGUUGCAAUGAAAUUUUGGAAUCGAAGCUCAAGAGGAGCACUAAACAUGGUUCAGAGCCAUGCAGUAGUGGAAUGAAGCAUUUGAGCAUUCAUGGGAAGAAAACUCUUUCGAUACGUGAACAACAAGAGGCUCAGAUGAAGAUUUCUGUUAAGGAAAAAGUUGCUAUUCUGAAGAAAUCUGAAGAGGUUAGGAGCAAAGUAGGAUUGAACGAGACUAAAGAACAGUGUUUGGGGAGCGAUAGCGGAGCACGUGAGGCAUACAACUCGCGAUUGCAAAGCAGUCAGAUUGUCUCUAUGGACGAAGCUGAUCUUUCAGUGGCUAGAAAUGACCUGACUUUAUCUGCUUCUCCUUCGCCUGCAUCCAGCACUGUUGAAGGUGAAACACUUGGAACAGUAGAUGGUGAUGCAAUCGAUCUGUUGGCUCUUGAAGAACUUGGAAUCGUGUAUGAAGACGGAGUCCUCAGUAACGCCAAAGUUGAAAGUGACAAAUCCAUAGUUGUGGGGAGUUGUGGAUCUGCUACAGGACUAGAAGCAUCCACGCAAAACGUUAUUGCUGGCGACAUUCGCUUAAUUAAAGAUGGUGUUCACGACUUCGUAAACGAUGCUGAAAAGGCUGAGUGGGCGAAACCAUGCAGUCUUCAACAAUCUUGUGAUAUUGAGGACGAAACUAUGAACGCAGACGAUCUGGCGACCCGGAAUGCUGUAGAGAAGCGGCCGGAUAAAGCGUGUGAACUGCAGCCCAGCCCAGAAGAGAUUGUUGCAGCGAUGGAGGUGACACCUCUUCUAAAUCCUGAUCCUUGCAAGCCGGCUAGUGACCCGUCCGCAGAAAUUUCUCCACAAGACAAUUCUGGUGAAAAGUUGCAAGCUUUCAUGAUUGUUGAGGAUAUCUCUACGCUAGAAAGAAAUGAGGAGAUGUUAAAUGCUGAAAGUGGUCAGGCACACAAGAACAUGCGGGCAAAUGAAGAUCAACAAAGUGGAGAAGAGACCAGUUUCAACACUGAGGAUAUGAUACCAAACUCUGAGGGAAAGCUCGUAGAGCCACUUCCUGAAAGAGCUUCCAGUACUGCUGAUGAUAAAUCUACAAAAGUGUUUGUGAAGCCACCAAAACCGCAUUUAGCGAAAGAGACUAAGCGCGCUCUUGGUCUUAUGCGACGCCUAGAAGUUGAUUUGAAGGAGAAAGUGGAGCCUAUUCCAGAAUUUCGUAAAAAAACCAAGAGAACAUCUCGUGAACGACUGCGUCGCGAAAGCGUUGAGAACUGCGCCAAGUUUUCUGGAGUUUCGGAAGCGACAAGUUCUGCAAAUGAAUCUACUCAUGCUGAAUUUCCAUGCGAUCGAGAAGAUGUGAUUGAUCAUGCUAAAAAUGCAACUUCUCUUCCGUCUCUGGAGUCGAAUACUAUAGCCAAGGAUCAUGAAGAAGCUAUGAGGCUCCAUGCGCAACUUAAUCUUCCUUCUUUGCGAGCACGUAAAGAAGCAGAACGUGACAACUCGGUUCUUCUCGGGCUUUCUAAAUCAGAAAUAGGCGUAAAGGAACGCGAUAAAAGAAGGAGGCUAUCUCAAACAGGCUCCUUCAGUGGCAAGUCUUCUCCUAUUCCCGAAAAUGUACAGAGAAUUGAAUCUAAGCCGACGAAGCCAAAGGAAGCCCGAACAGCGAAAUCACCUGAUGCAAACGACAUAUCUGAAUCCAUCCUUGAUGGCGCGAAAUUUGUGGAUCCAACAAACGAAGGGGCAAGCCCUUUGUCAUCAAAUGAAAGGGCAAAAUCUGCUGAAAAUGUUGGCAAGGGACGUCGCUCAUUGCGGACGUCUGUAACAUCCGUUACAAAGGCCACUACGGUCCGAAAAUCGCAGUCGCCCAUUUCUGACUCACAACAAACGUUUCAAAGGAGUUCGCACUUCUUGCGCUCCUCUAACGACAGCAGAAGCCGUGAUGUUCUUCCAACAAAUGAAUUCACGAUAAUGUCACCGAAGCCUCACCGAGGAUCAGCCGUUGAAACAAAAAGUGCUCAGCCCAAAAGUCGAAUCCGUUUUUCAGCAGGUACAUCACCGACGCUAACCCGUAGAUCUACUCGUGUACGCUCUGGCCAAAAAGUAAAUUCGAAACAAAGUGAACAAGAGAAACAAAACUCUCAAAGUCCAACUACAGAAAUACCGCAAGGUAAUGCUGAAACUCGUACUCGGACUCCCACAACCACUUCCUCCACCCCAUUCCUUCGCUUUACUCGUCGCAGUACCGCUGAAGAAAAUGCUGUUCUUCCUCCUGAAGAUGAACACUUCAAAGUUCAAAGUAUUCUCACCGAACCACGUCCUACUCGCUCUAAUUCUCGAAGAAAUGCUCAGUCACUCACUUCAUCCAUUUCGACUCGUCGAUCUUCUGUUGUAGCCUCGGAGAAUUCGAAUGAACAAACCGAUAACGAUUUGAAAAGGGCUGCUAUGCAAAUAGGCCAUAGUUUGGUGAAGAAGCAAGAGGAUUGUCGUAUCAGAUCUGCAAGGAGUUCGCGAAAACGAACAUCUCAAAAUGACGAAGUCCUCUCUGUCUCAGUACAACCUUCUACGAAAAGGCUGAAAACGCUGAGUGUCCAGCUCCAGGCAGACUCUACGCCUACGUCUCGCACUCGAAAAAAAGUUGAUGUUGGAAACAGUCGCAUUGAAACGCUGGAACAGGAGCCUUCUUCACGCGUGAUAUCUAGGACAGGUCCGGUUGCCCCGAGAAGGCGUAAGAUCAAUGAUGAACCGACUGUGACGAAGUCUGUGGCGGCAGCCGAAACGCUAUCUGAGACCAGUACUGAUGAUGAAAGUAGACUAUGUGUAGCUGAUGAUGAGGAUGAACGAACACAGGAGGUAUUAAAACAGCCUGCAACGCCAGCUACGCAAAUGGAUGACGACGACGGACGGCUUGUCAUUGAUAACGAUGAGGAUGAAGAACGAAAGGAGAUAGACAUCGCAAAGAAGAAAGAAGAUAAUCCUAAGUUCACGACAGUAGCAGAAGCUGCCGAAAUAUACAAUGAGAAAACUAGCACAACGAGUGCUGUUGAGGAAGGCAAAAAUAGUGGAGGAUCAGCACCUGGAGUUAAUGAAGCCUCUACAGGAAAUUGUUCAAGCAUUGCCCAUCCAACGGUUCAGAGCAUCCGUCGAGAUCGCAGUGGAGUUCUACAAUUUGCCAGGCGUUCUGCGCCGAGUAUCAGUGCUGGUCCAGCUGCCAUGCAGAAAUCUGGUUCAAGGAUUGCUAAGCAGUUGCAGAAGAGUGGCGGUAGUGCAUCUCCACCGGAAGAAAUAGUCACGGCUACGAGCGGUGCAUCUAACCGGCGUGAAAAAGAACAGCAACAUUCUUCUUCGGCAGCGUCUGUGUCAACAAAGAAGUCAUCCGAAAUUGGCAAAGGAUUUCUGGGUGCAACUAAUACACGAGUGACAGAUAACAAGAAAAAUAUCUCCUCUCAACUGGCUGCGGCUCUUAGUAGUAGAAAAGGAAAAAAAAGGAGACCUGAAGGGCCCGCGAUGGGAAAUGACACUGCAAUAAAGAAAAUACCACUUUCAGAAAGUCUACUACAGAAGAAAUUACACGGAGCUCUUAUGUCGGAACAAAAUAUUGAAGUGAUCCGCAAAAAUCUUGGUGAAGCAGUCGAUGAAAUUGGAAACAUGGAUCCUGAGGAGUUUGCAUCCACAAUGAUUAAGUGUUCAUUAAAUCUUCCCUCUGGAGACAUGUGGACUAUUGUACAGGCGAACUAUCGCAGUUCAGAAUCGCAAGAUAUACGUAACAAAAAGGAAGAUUCGUUCAUGAACAUCGCAAAGGAGCUCUCUCGUAAUAACCAAAUAUGGGAGAAGUAUGUCAAGAAAAUGGUCACAACAAUGACUACUCAAGCUCAUAACGUUGUCAAUACUACUCGUUAUAUACGUCUGCUUUCGCGAGCACUUUAUCAUGCGGGUAGCUUGCUCACGGAUGAAGAGAAGAGAGGCUACCUACGUGCUGCAUUGACAAGGCUUUUUCUGGAUGAUACAGGCGUUGCAAUAAAAGCAGCUAUCUAUGCACUUUUAUCUCCAUCUUCUAGGUGGUUGGAUUGGAUGAGCGAUAAGAAUGAUCCGUUUUCAUUGCUUCUUUCCAUUGCUGUGACGGCAACUCCGAAUGAUGGAAAAAUUUUACUUUGGGCGUGGUUCCAACAGUUUCCCGAGGAACUUCAGUUGCAAGAUGUGUCUAUCGAGAAUCUCCGAAGGGCUUUUGAUGAACUCAUGGCACGCCUCGAUGAAUUAGCUGGAGAACGUGGUCGUCAUUUGGAGGAGGAUAAUCAACUUAAGGAGAUCACCGAGAAAGAAACAACUGUUAUGAAUAUGGCCAUCGCUUACUUUUUUCCUGGAAGUGAAAGUACUAAUGUUGUCAAGACAAUCGUCGCUAAUUGUAUGAGUGAUUGUGUCAAUCGUGUCAAGAUGGCAUUGAAACCUCGUGCAACACAAGGUGAAGAAGCAUGGGCAGAAGCAUUUGCGGUCAGCACUCGUCUGCGCCUUUGCAUUCACCUUACAUUGAAGGCUAUUGGAUGUCGGGAUAAUUCACCACUUAGCCGUGACUUUUGUUCGCUGCUACAAUAUGAGUUACUUACGAUUCGUGAUCUCCGUGACGAGAUAGAAAAGCUGACGUUAGAAAGACCUUGGGUGGAGGUGUACCGUAAUGUGGUUUUUGAUGUUUUAAGUCUCGUACAAACUCUUUCUCAGUAUGAGCUUUAA